AUGUUCAAACAACCCAUGCAGCGCUGCAAGAAACCAGAUGCUCACAAGCUUUUCUGCAUUUUGUUCUGCGUCGACGUUUCAGCAUUAUCAGGCGCCAAACCAAACGCUGAGCCAGUGUGUUGCCAGAUGCCAGAUGUAACCUCAGAGAUGUUGUCGCCACAUCCAAAAGGACCAGCGAUCUCUUCAGGCAGCAAUGUAGUUUCAGAGACUGACAGUGCUGCCAAAUCACCUAAACCAGACAUGAGGAGGGAGACUCGACAGAGCCCAUUCAAAGUGCCCGACAGUAAUAGCAUUUUCCAGCUGAGUGAGAAUGAAAGAGGGGGCCGAAAAGAGGAGAUGCGCAAAUUCCUGGCUUUGCCAAUCGAGGGGAAGACGACCCGCUAUGCUCGAAUGAUGGCCAGGCUGAGGAAGGAGCUGGGGGAACAAGAGGAGGAGGAGGAGAUGAAGAAUCUGAAACCAACCGAGAGUAGGACAGCCAUCAGACAGGACCUGAAGAGGGACAUGAUGAAACGAGAAAACUUUACCAAAGAAAGCAAACAUCACUUCAGGUCCAUGGAACGGCAGAAGGCAGUGUUGGAGUUAAAUCUGAUGGAGAAGAGGUCCGAGAUUUUGGGGAUGGACAAGGCCAUUGUGGAAGAGGAGGAAUACUUGAGACAGCUUGAAGAGUGCAUUGAGCGAGACAACCUAAUUUUCGAGAAGUUCCUCAGGGAGAACGAGAAGAAGUCGGUGGAGACCAGGGCAUUUUUGGAACGCGAGGCCAAGUCCAAACAGGAGAAGAACGCUGAGAUCAAGAAACUGACUGCUGAAAUAGGGGCCGUUACGAGCGAACUUGCCAAGUUCCAGGAAGUCCUGACGACCUACAAGAGCUACAAGGAGAUGCUGUUCGAGUUGUCUCCUCCAGAGUGGCAGGAGGCCCAGAAGACCAAGGCUGUGAAAGUCCCGUCUGAUGGAGACGCUGAGGACAAGCGGGACAAGGGACCUGAGGAGUCAGCUAAUAACAACGAUUUGGAGAGCGAGGUUUCCGAUCCAGCUGGAGAGCUGCCUUCCAUUAGAGAGACCAGGCUGUCCUCAGCCUGCAGGGACACACUGAGCACAACCACUAAACUCGAUAGUGACAACUCAGAAUAUGAGGAUGAGCCGGUGCUGUUCUUCACCGAUCCCCAGCAGCUGCUGGAUCUGGUGACAGGCCUGACGGAGAAGAACUUGUCCCUGAUUCAGAACUCCUCAAGGGUGGAAGAGAAAGCGAAAAAGCUUCGGCAAAACAUGAAGACAAUCAGUACGAAUAUCGAAAGCACCGGCGUGGACCUAGCACUGCAGUUAAACGACAUGAGCCAGGGGGUCGACGUAGAGAAGGCCAAAGGCAAAAAGCUCAAACAGAUGGUUGAGUUCCAUCUGUCUUUGGACACAGAAGACCAGAACGCCAUGUGGGAGGCUCUGGGCGGGAAGGUAUCGGAGGUCUAUCGCAGCUGCGUGGAUGACAGGAUUACCAACCUCAGCACCUUGGAGAAGCUGGCCAGAAUUGAGAACCGCAUGGGGUUACUGCUGCAGGGCCUCGAGAUCCUCCCCGAGGAGAACUUGGAGAUGAUGAAGAGGAUCAAGGACGUUGAGAGGAGGAGCAGGCAGCGUGAGGAGCAACUGAGAGAGCAGAGAGAGAAGCAGAAGGACAGGAUGACGAGGUACUUGGAGAGAUCUCUGGCUGACUCCAAGAAAACAAGUGGGAGAAAGCUCAUGCCCAGAUGCAAGCCUGAUGCUCAGAAAGUCAGAGUCAGGACUGUGGACAACACCCCAGCUGAAGACGAGAUGUAUGCCGACCUCUUCAGCCCCGAGGACGUAGAGUAGAAUCAAUACAUCGGCAUGAAAUGUUAACGCAGCAAUAAUAUUCAUGUGUUAGAGAUACAUUACAAUAAAGCAGCGGGGUUGCGCUGGUA